AGGAGGGCGCUCCGGGGGUGGCUCCGUCCCGUCCCACCGCCCCGGGGCGGGACGCCCGGCGCCCAUAUAGGGGCGGCCGUGGGGCAUGGGCGGCACUGGCUGCGAGGAGAGUGCAGUGGCGGUCUCCCUCCCCACGGCUGGUGACCCCGAGCGGCGCAGGCUCCUCCCGGAGAAAAGCAGGUUAUCCCGUCGCGCUGCUGCCAUGGCCUCGGUUCCCUCUGCCGGCUGCCUCCUGGCCAAGAACCAGUACUACAGGACAAGACAGAACUCGGAAUCCAGUGUUUCCUCCAGCUCCUCCUGCUGUUUGGAUACUGUGAGCAUUACAGACCAGGACAAAGCAUUUAAUGGGUUACCUGAAAUAGUUGACAAGUGUUGGUGGAUAAAAAGUUUUUUCCAUAGUGAACCAUCUCCACCGACUGUUGGCAGAAAAACACUAUCAGCAAGCAGUACCAACAGUUGAAUAGAACAGCACGCUGGCAUUACUGACUGAGAUACUACAUACAGACUUGUUUUUCCAAGAGGCUUGGGAUCUUCCUAAUGUCUGGGUUCAGCUGCAAGAAGAAAACAAAACCUUUAGGAGAGCAGAAAAGUGUAUUUUCAAAAUAUUUGUCAGAAGCUUAAAGGGUAAUGCUUAACGGACAUGUCCAUGGGCUACCUUGUUCAUUAUGGAGUUGAUGUAUUUGAUAUGUCUCUCUAAUGGAAAUUAUCUGGAUUAAAUAUCCUGAUGACUGACUUAGAUAGUUAGAGAGAAAUUACAAUAAAAGUAAGAUAUUGUAGGUGUAGGAGAAAUGUGUGUAUUAAAUUAAAUUGUAUUAGGUGAUAUUGUUAAAUUUUACCUUUAAAAGAUACUGGCAUUUUAGGCAGUCACACUGAUGUAAACAAGAUUCAAAUGUAUAGUCCAGAGUAGGACUGCUCUAUGGUACGUUUGCUAUCAAAUAUUUGUGUACUGGUUAUGGGGAGUAAGUUUACAAGAAUGCUUAUUAAUAAUAUUGCUUUUAGAAAGCCCAUUUACAUGAAGAAACAGUAAUUAGUUUGGUCUCUGUUCCAGCAGGGUGUAUAGAUCCCAACUUCAAAUACCCAGGUACAGCUUUUAUUCAUAUCUACACCUGUUAGUUAUUUGAGGACAGAAUAAAAAAGAUGUACAAGAAAUCAGUAAUCCUAGUGCACACUGAUAUCUUCCAAGCAGAAGAGCAACCUUAAUCAGAGUUGAUACUCCUAGAUCUGUUUUGGAUUACUCUCACAUGCUUUGCUGUAUCUUAAAGAGCUUCUGAAGUUCUCAAGUGAUGGAUCUUAUCAGUAUUCACUGUAUUCACUGCUGUCUGUCAGCUUAAUUGUGUGCUAAAUCAGGCAAAAUGUCUAACUUAAAGUAAGCACAUUAAUGUUAUUAGCAAAGUCUACCUUUGUCAGGAUUCACGUGCUUGAAAGAUGGUUACAUAGUUUUAUUUGAUCUUCAGCAUUGUAAAGCAGUACAUCAGCUUGUUUAUUCUACCAGAUAUGACUGAAAUGCAGAGGUCAUAUAAUAUGAGUACUUGUCUGGAUGAUAUCAUGUCUGUAACUUAUCUAUGCAACUUUUUUAUGUACUAUCUAAACCUGCCUGACCUUUGUUCACCAUGGGAUGAACUAACUAGCAAACAUUAAUGUCGCCAACAUUUUUCAUUAUGGGUUAAUGGUUAUCAUAGUUAUGCAUAAUUCAAAAGUGUAUCAAGUGUUUGCUUCAGGAAGCUUAUAGUUUUGGUGGACACCAUGAAUGCAUGGCACAUGACCACAGACAAGAACACAAUUCUGAAAACGUAGUUUGGGGAAUCUUGAAAUUCACUGCUGUUGUGUAGUUUCAUCUUUAUCCUCUCUCUAAGUGUACAGAAUGAGCAAUUCUAUUUUUUAUACUAAGAUUUUUUUGUUAAUAAAGAUUUACUGAGUACUUGA